AUGGAGGUUGAGACAUAUCUCGGCUCGCCUAUCAGGUUAGCCCAAGAAGUUGGGGUAUCAGUUCCACGAAUCGAGACGCUCUACGCCCUCCUUCACAACACCAACAUCGCCAACCGCAGCAAACCCAAGGCGGAUGCUCUGGGCCCGCCUCUUCAGCCAGGAUCGCCUUCUGCUAGCCCUCUGCCCCGGGGAACGCCAGGUACUCCACGUGCAAAUGGCGUGGCCAACGGAAACGGGUUGCCACGGAUGCGCCCUAGGGGCUCGUCGCAGCUGGGAGCACCACCCGGCAUGCGCAGGCCUACCCUGAACGGCGGUCCACCGCCACCCAACGGAUACCCCAGGCCACCAACCAGUGGAAGCCGACAGCCGUCGAGGAGGGGUUCGAUGGAAGGAGCUGAUUUGGAAGAGUUUAGCCAUUUGGUGCUUUACGACGACAUUCCAGAAGGUGGCGAGGGCGGUUAUUCGCCGCACGACCUGGCUUUGCGGGAAAGAGAGUUGCAGCUGCGGCAACGAGAGCUCGCCUUGAGGGAGCAAGAGAUGAGGUUAAGACGUGCUGCUGCUGCUGGCGGUCCCCCGCCGGGAUCCAGAAGGGGCCCCCCAUCGAGGUACAACGGCGGUUUUGACGAUGACGAUGAUGACGACGACGAUUUCUACGACCCGGCUUCUGCGCCUCCCGUGCCACUGAUCGAUCCCGACAACUUUGACAUGAUGAGCGUCACUUCCAAGAAGAACCGGAAAGCCCCCAACGAUCAUCACCAAUUGCGCAAGAACCCCGAGCCCAAUGCGCCUGUUUCCCGGACUAGUAGGUUUAGGCCGAAGUUUGGACGGAACCGAUCGAGCCAAAUCGUCGCCGAUAUUCCGGGGUUGCACGACAACGUUUUGGACGACCCGUUGAUGAGCUUCACCUCGAAUCGGUAUGGCCAUGUGGACCGGGGAGCGAUACACAUGGAAUCAAGGACAAACUCUUUGACGUCCGCCCGUCUGGAUGAGCUGCAGUACACUCAGGGCCCUCCGCCACACGGAGGCAUGCCGAGGCGCGCCAGUCAAUCACCAGGGAACCCAUACAGCCCGUCUAUGAGGGGCGGUAGCGGUCGCCCUUCCCCACCAAACGGCUACAGCGCGCCGUACAUGAACGGCGGCGGGCGACCGUCGCCUCCGGAAGGGAUGAGGCAGCCCAUGCCCCGUUAUCCCCCAGGACACGGAAACGCGGUCGUGCCGCAGCAGGUGGAACAGCAUGCCGGGGUGAGCGCCCUCCAACCACCAGAGACCAUGAUGUCCAAAAAUGUUCGAAGUCUGACUGGUAGUGCAAGCGCCAGCGCGGCGAGUGGUGAUUCUACACAUCAGCUCGAGUCAUCGGAACCCUCGGCACAUAGCAGCCAGAGUAGCCUAGCUCGUCCACCCAUUGGAGUGCGCUAA